GGGUCCUCGUUAAUUGCUUUGUUUUCGGCCUAAGAAAGAACGAAAGAAAAGAAAAAAGACACAGGGGAAGUUUCACCUGAACUUACUAGUCUGCAACUCUGCAUUCUUUGUUCUCUGCAACUGCUAAGGCCCUGAUAUCGUUCACCUUUUGCUUUUCUCUUUCUCAUGCAAAAGAAAUGGGUAACCUAUUCACCUGUUUCUCUCACAAGGAAGUGAAGAAGAAAGCGUCCAAGCGUUUCUCCAAUCCUCCUCCCCUUACAGCCUCGAGCAAACGGUUUUCCAGAAUUCGAUCCUCCAAGAAAGAGAAGCUUGAAGAUUCUCUGAUUCAAGAGCAAGCUAUCGCCGCGGCUUUGUUGUUUCAGCAUCACCAGCAGAACGGUACGCUGCCAUUUGAUCGGUCCAUUUCUUUGAAAUAUCCUGUUCCGGGUUCGAGAAAGCAGUCUUUGCCUAGGAGCUCCAGUUCUAGGGCUCGUUCCCUCACGGAUCCGCUUCUUAAGCCUCAUGAACUCGUUAAUCAGGAUCUAAAGAUUGAUGAUCUAGAGACCAAGCAUUUUGUUCUUGUUCAUGGAGGUGGUUUUGGCGCUUGGUGUUGGUAUAAAACCAUAGCACUUUUAGAAGAGGGUGGAUUCAGAAUUGAUGCUAUAGACUUAACUGGAUCUGGAAUACAUUCAUUUGAUACAAACAAUAUAACAAGUCUUUCCCAAUACGUAAAACCCCUUACUAGUUUUCUUGAAAAGCUUGAAGAUGGAGAGAAGGUGAUUUUGGUAGGGCACGAUUUUGGUGGUGCAUGCAUAUCAUAUGCAAUGGAGCUGUUUCCAUUUAAGGUUGCAAAGGCUGUAUUUGUUGCUGCAGCCAUGUUAACUAAUGGACAAAGUUUUCUUGAUAUGUUCUCCAAACAGGCAGAUUCAAAUGAUUUAAUGCGAUCAGCUCAGAUAUUUCUAUAUGCAAAUGGAAAUGACCGCCCCCCAACAGCUAUUGAUCUUGACAAAGCUUUAUUGAGAGAAUUGCUAUUCAAUCAAAGUCCAUCUAAGGACGUUGCUUUGGCCACAGUUUCAAUGAGGCCGAUCCCCUUUGCGCCUGUUCUAGAGAAGGUCGGUUUGUCUGACAAGAACUAUGGCUCUGUGAGGCGGUUUUACAUAGAGACUCCUGAAGACAACGCAAUAACCCCAUCUCUACAGGAGAGUAUGAUAAAUUCAAACCCACCAGAACGGGUCUUCCGACUAAAAGGCUCCGAUCACUCACCUUUUUUCUCAAAGCCUCAAGCCCUGCACAAGCUACUACUGGAGAUAUCAAAGAUUCCCUCAACUUGAGUACAUUAGCUAGCUGGAUGAUGAAUAGGUAGAUGAAGGGCAUUUUUCCCCUUUACACUUUGAGCAUGAUAAAUUGAUUACACUGAUGAGUUUCAAAGUUUACAUAUUUUCAUCUGUACGAGUCUGACAAGCGUUCAUACACAUCAUUAUUAUUAUUAUUAUUAUUUUUUUGGCAUUUUUUGAAUUGUGUAGAGAGAUGUUUUGUUGUUCAGCAUCUAUAAAUAUGCUCUUGGCCUAGUGUAUUCUCGAUUCUGAUUUUGAGAUGUCCAUGGCAUCUUCUGUCAAUGAAACAAAAAUUUCAGACUGUUA